AUGAGAUUAUAUUGUAAAUUCCACUGUUGUCAAGACGUUAGAAUAUUAAAAGAAGGUCAUAUUAAAUUCCGAAAUAAUAAUUUGAAAAGUUUAAAUAUAGAUGUUGACAACUUUAUUAGUAUAUCGACUCUAGCUAAUCACUAUUUCAAAUUACAUGUUUACACACAAAUUUCAAACUUAAUGCAAUAUUCUGGGAAAGUUAGAGAAUUUAUACAGGGUGCAGUAUAUGGAGGUAGAAAUAUGUGUAGAGAUAAUACUAAACAACAUGUUACUAAAGAUUUAUAUGAUUAUGACGCAUGUUCAUUAUAUCCCAGCGUUAUACAUAGGCUAAAACUAGCAACUGGAAAACCUAUAGUAAUCCCUCAAGAAUCAUGUAAUAAAACUAUAUUAAACCACUUAAUGUUAGAACAACAAUUAGAACCAACAAAUGAACGUUAUAUAUCAGCAUUUAUUGUGGAUAUAGAAAUAACCAAGGUUAACAAACAUUUACACUUCCCAAUUAUAACUAAGAAAGAUAAAAAAGGUAAUCAUAAUGUUAAUGAAUGUUGUACAAUGAGAGUAGAUAAUAAUAUGCUUGAAGACAUGAUUAAAUUUCAACAAAUAGAGUUUAAUAUUAUUAGAGGAUAUUAUUGGACUGGUAAUCCAUUACAAAAUAAUUAUAAAUUAUUGAUGAAUAGUUCAUAUGGAAAAACAAUUCAAAAACCAAUUAAAAAUGACUUGGUUUACAAAUAUAUUAAUAAUAAAGUAAAAUGUGAUUCAGAUAGGUAUCUUAAAAAGAACUUUACAUUAGUUAAAUCUAUGUAUAACAUAUCAGAUAAUAAUAGAUGUUUUGAAACAAACAAACCAUUUGAUGACUUCUAUGUUCCAAAUCUCAUUGGUGUACAAAUAUUAAAUACUGAUUCAGUGCAUAUAGGCAAAAAUAAGAUAGAACUAUUAGAACAAAAAUAUAAAGAAAUAUAUGGUAAAACAUUAAGAAGAGGUGAAUUAGAACAAUUCCAUCCAGAUUUCGAUGAAUUAUCUGGGGAUGUAUAUUCAAAAGAAUCUUUCUUCUUAGGUAAGAAAGCUUAUAUAGAUGUAUUAACAAACGAUAAACAAGAACAUGCUUUACAUAUGAAAAUGAAAGGUAUUCCAAACAAUUUAUUGGAAAAUAACGAAAAUCCAAUUGAAUUAUAUAAGAAACUCUACGCGGGAGAAUCUUAUACAUAUAACUUACUAGAAUUAAAACCUAGUUUCGAAUUUAGUAAGACAUUUGAUAUAAAAACAAGAGAAAACUUUACAAGAAAAAUCCAAUUCUAA